CGCUUCGAUCUUUGCGUCGCUCGAAGAACUGGGGAUGACCUUGAAACCGGAAGCUUGCGCAUGUUUGAGUGCAAACAUGGCGAUGCCUCCCGUGCCUGUCUCCGUUGUCAUUCGGCCAAGUCUACAAACAAAUCCGCUCUUAACCUGGAAGGCGGUUAGAGACUUGCUCUAUGCAAACUCGCUUCACACCUGCCCCGAGAUCAACCUCAAUCCGCAGUCGGACAACCUAAUCAUUGUACUUUGGACACCAGCUUCGGAUCGAAGCGCGCAGUCCACAGCCGCUAUGACGACCUCGAAAACUAUCUAGUUGUUGCUGACGCCACCCGCAGCACCGUCAUUCACCCGAGCAAGGAUGAGGCCUAUACCGAUGGCAACAAGCUGGACGAUAUCCGCGCUCUCGAUCGUGUCGCCGAGGCCCAGGGUAAAGGCCUGCAUACGCCGCUGACCUACCUCGACGAGAAACACUUGUCGCGCCAGUGAAGAAACUCGCGACUCGUCCGCGGCGGAUACCCUCAACAGACCAUCACACGAGGACAAACUACAGUCACCUGUUAGUGGAAUAUUAUGUCGGCAGGACAAUAAUGAAGCUAGUAUCUGAGGCGAUAGCGACGCGCAAGGCGGUACAUUAGAAAUAGAAGACAAUUUGCAGGAGCCUGGGAAUACAGUUCAGGCAAGUAGAUAGACGACAGGUGGAAGGUUUUCUUA